AUGAGAACACCAUCAUCAUCAUCAUUAUCAUCGUCAAGAAACAAAGUUGUAACACCAUGUUGUACAAAAAUAGGGUUAAAAAGGGGUCCAUGGACACUAGAAGAAGACGAAUUACUGACGAAUUACGUCAGUAAAGAAGGGGAAGGGCGGUGGCGUACACUCCCAAAGAAGGCGGGACUCUUCCGUUGUGGGAAGAGUUGUCGCCUUCGUUGGAUGAACUACCUCCGCCCUUCCGUUAAACGCGGACAUAUUUCGCCGGAGGAGGAAGAUCUCAUCCUCCGCCUCCAUCGCCUCCUAGGGAACAGGUGGUCAUUGAUAGCAGGGAGAAUUCCAGGAAGAACAGAUAACGAGAUAAAAAAUUAUUGGAAUACUCACCUUAGCAAGAAAUUAAUUAGCCAAGGAAUAGAUCCAAGAACACACAAACCAUUAAUAUUUAACAACCCUAAUUCCUCUAGUGAUGAUAAUCAUAUUAUUACAAACAAAGCUAAUUCUUCUUCUCCUUCUUCAACCUCAAAACUAGCAAAUGAUUAUGAUCUCAACACAAUUAAUACUCCAAACCCCAUUUACAAUCCUAAUUUCCAAAUGAAAGAACCCUUAGGAAGUAGCAUCAACAAUAAUAACUGUCCUGGAGAAAUUACGAGUCCUGAUGAUGAUUAUCAGUAUCAGAGCAGUAAUGUGAUGCUUGCCAAUUAUCGCGAUGAUGAUAUGAAUAUUGUGGUUCAUGAUGAAGGAGAUGAUGAAAUGAAUUGUUGCGCAGACGAUGUCUUCUCCUCCUUCUUGAAUUCUUUGAUCAAUGAAGACAUGUUCAUGAAUUGCCAAAAUCAACAAAUCAAUGGUACAUUGCAAGAUUUUGAUCUUUUUAUGGCUUCAUCUACACCUUCAUAUGAUCAAAAUAAUCUCAAGAGAAUGGAUGAAUAA